AUGUUUUGGGGUCUCGGGGCGCUGAUCUGUGAGAAGUUCGCAGCAGAAGGAUCGAACAUUGUCGUGAACUAUGUCAGCAGCAAAGACAGAGCCGACCAGGUCGCUGACAAGUGUAAAGGGCUGGGGGUCAAGGCUGUCGUAAUCCAGGCUGACAUUGGAGUCGUCAGCGACACUGUGCGGCUAGUGAAAGAGAGCGUUGAGCAAUUGGGAGGACUUGAUAUUAUCAUUAACAAUGCUGGCUGGACCAGGUUCACGAACUUUGGAGACAUCUAUGAUAUGAGCCAUGCUGAAUGGGACAAGUGUUGGGCCACAAACGUCAUGUCCCACCUAGUGUUGAUGCAGGAAGCUGCUCCGAUCUUCAACAAGAACCCGGAUGGCGGCGUAUUCAUCAUCUCUUCCUCUGUUGCGGGUAUAAGCUGCGGCGGAAGCUCGAUGGCGUACUCCACCAGUAAAGCUGCAGGUCUACAUCUGAUGAAAUGCCUCGCCUCUACACAAGGGCCAAAGAUCCGUAUCAAUGCCGUGCUGCCAGGUCUUCUCCUGACGGAAUGGGGUCUGAAAUUCAGUGAGGAGCGUAUCCAGGCUGUUAAGAACAGCGCCGCUCUUAAGCAAGAGACUUUGCUCGACGACUGCGCAGAUGCCUAUAUUUCGCUAGCGAAGAAUACCUCUAUGACCGGCCAGCAGGUUGUCGUCGGUGAGUUCCACGUAAUGCCCAUCCUUCUAGAGGGAGUCGCUGACGAAGACUAG